AUGAAAAAUCUUGAAGUCAAAUUUGAAAAUUUCCACUUAAGCCGCCUCGGCACCAAAAAUUAUGAUCAAAAUGACAUCACAAUUAGAAAAAGAAACUUUACACCAGAUCUAAGCAACUCAAUAUUUGAACAAAAGAAAUACCAAGAUUUAAUUGAAAAAAUUACUUUUUCUUCAGAGACUUAUAUCUGUGAGAAAUAAAAUGGUAAUAUUGACGGAAGAUGGACUCCGAGACAUAUAUCCUAUGGAGUAGGUAGGACCUGUCCUGACAAAACUGAAUAGUGCCUCAAUCACUUUUUGAAGUAAGCCUUUAGGUUUAGGGAUGCUUGCCGAAGAGGGAAAUCAGACUUCUCUCUUAAGGUUCCUGACAGAUGGGAUAGGCAGGUUUUGCCAUUUAGUCUUUGCUUAUCAGGACUAACGGGGUAUCCAAAAGAAAUCGCCCUAGCCUAGGCGCUAAUCCUUAGGCUAGUUGGGUUUACGCCUGAUAGGCAGGCUAGUUGUCUAUCCACUUAUAGCCUUAUAACAUUAUAUUACUUUAUAUCUAUGACUAUAAUUUUGCUCCUGGAAUACAAUUUUAUAAAUUUCUUACCAAUUAUCCUGAAUCUCAAAAUAUUUUAAAAGAACUCAAAAUAUGGGUCCCUGAUACAGUUAUUUUUAAUGACUUAACCCUUUAAUUUUUUCAAAAUAUAUAUUAUUUUUAAUAAUAAUUAUUUUUCAUUUUUUGAAUAUAAGGUUUAGAUAAUCCUAAUAUUUGAAUUUUUACUAAUCACAUAGGCAAUAUUCAAUAUAUUAAAGGAUUCAGCGACUAUGACGUUAUCAAUAAAAUUGGGGUCGGAGAUAACGAAAAAGAGCUGUGUGCUGUUUUGAAAAGGCCUCAAAUAAAUCAGAAAUUGCAUAAGAUUUCUGGCUUGAAAACCACAAUUCUAAACACAAUUGACCUUAAAAAACAAAUAAAAGGCAAAUCUGUAUCAGGCCCAUUCGCAAUACAAAAAUACGUCAAAAGCAAAGGCCCACUCGCAUUUCACUGCAGAACUGUAUACAAAAGAUCGCAAAAGCAUUUUUUAUGAGUAAUUUCCAAUAAAAAAACCUACCAAAACGAAAAAAUCAAAGAGGAAUUAAGAUGUAUCACAAAUAUCACUGUCCAAGACUCCUUUACAAUAAGGCAAUUUAAAUCAGGAAUAUUUUUAGACGAAACCAUCCCCUAUAUAGAAACCAUUGUAAAAUCCCUUGAAAACAAACUAGACAUAGAAAUUGAAGAAUUUGCUGCUGAUUUCAUAAAAGACGAAAACCAAAGAUGGUGGUUUAUCGGCUGCAAAGCAUUUUUAAUCAAGGAGCAUGACAUUUCGGGAUUAUUACUAAAUGAAUCAGAAAUAUUAAAGCCUUUUCCAAAAGAAAAAAUAAAAACCUGCAGGAUUUGUCAAGUUCCUUACUACCCAUUUAAAAUGAACCAUAGUUUGACUAUAAAAAUGAUAACAGAAACAGACCAAAUUUUAAGGGUAAAAUAAAUACAGGAAAGAGGGAUCAAUUUGAAGUGACUUGAUCGGUCAGUUUACAGACAAGUAGAUAUAGCCACAGUAUAUCAAGAUUGUACUGUAUGCGAAUAUUGGUAAAUUUUAUUUAGUUAUGAAUUGUAUAGCCUGAAUCAAGAAGUAAAAAAUCUGACCAACAAAAUUUCUAGAAAAUUUGGGAUCCCAUAUUCAGACGUUUUAACCCAAAAUUUUGUAAUGGUAGGGAAAUCAGAAAAUCCCCAAACAAAAGAAUUGAAAAUAGGACGAAUUUUGGUCGUUUUAAACGAAGUAUGCGAUAUUGUGGUGCCACUAAAAAAGGAAUCUGAAUAUUGCAUAAAAUACGAAAUUUUAGGGUACAAGCAAGAAAUUUAUUUACAAGUUAAAGAAUAUGCAGAAAGAAAUUUGAAAUUUAUUCCAAUUAAUGAUAUAAAGAUUUUCCAUUUUUUUAUGAAAAGCAGGGAUAAGUGAAAAAAGUUCAUAAACACAAUGGGGGUAAUUAUUAUUUAGAAGUUCAAUAUAAAGCUAUAUAAAGACGAUAUAGUAAUUGGGGAAUGUAAUUCUGAUCUUUCCAGCUUUUUUUCACCUAUUGUAAUUACAAAAAAUUAUUAUGAUUUGAUUUUAAGUAAUAAAGGAGAAGAAAUAGGGUUUUUGAAAUUUUCUAUAGGAUUUGAUGAGAGUAAGAAGUAUGAAGUUCCUUUAGAGAAUGUUAAAUAUCUUGAUGGAUUGUAUAUAUAGCCCCUGAAAUAUUUUAGAUCAUUAUUGGCCAUCCAUUUUAAUUUCCAAAAUUAUUUGUACUUGUCAGCUUUUUUGAAAAAUAAAACGAAAAUGACAAAUCUCCGUUUAUGGUUUUAAGAUGCCUAAUCAGACUUAUACUGUAUAAGCAGGUGCCCUUUACCAUAUUUUUCUGGUCGGUAUUCUGCUGGGGCAUAGAGAUCUAUUAAGGUGCAUGAGCUAUACCGCCUGAAGGGUAUUCUUUUUCACACCCUUUUCAUGAAGAAUGGAUUGAUAUUAUUCCGAAUGUUUCAGACUAUAAUAGGCAGAUUUUCCAAGACUACGGAAUCACAGUAAAACCCUAUGUUAAAGCUGAGGAAAGACGUUAUAGUAUUCCACCAAGGCUUUCUCAGCGGCGUGAUGACAAAAGCCCUUCUAAAAGGCAGCCUAAAAGGUCAUCGACCCCAAAAGCGGUUUCAUCUAAAACAAUUUUAAAAGCACUCAAAACCUUACAGCCACUUCUGGACACAGCAGAGCGUUCAUUCUUAAACUCCUCUAUGAGAACAUCAUUAACUCCAACCCUCAGCACCUAUUCCACAUCGCUUGUAAGUUUUUCCCGAUCUUCUACCCCAAGAUAUACAGUUUCAAAUUUUAAAGUAAAAUUGUUCAGUUAA